GCAAGCUCAUACGCUCGUCAGCGACCAAAACAGCCAGUAGAGACACCGAGCCCGAUCAGCGCACACACGGCGUCAACCAUGGCUCCCCGAGCACCGGCUGUGUGUCCAUCAGGAUUGGCACUUGCCGGACUGAUGGCGAUUGCGUUGUCGUGCCUAACGAGUCCGGCCGAGGCCGGCUGCUACCUGGAGCGCGGCGUGACCACUCCGAACGAGCUCGACGCCUACACCUGCCAGCGCAGCCAGGAUUUCCAAAAGGACCUCGACCGACUGCCCCUCAACACCACCAAACUCGUGAACGUCUCGUUUCGCGAGAGCAAGGUCCCUAAAAUCGAAAAAGACAGCCUCCAAAAGCUGAAGACAAAGGUGCUCGGCAUCAGCAUUGUGCACUGCGGUCUCGCCGACAUCGACGAGGAAGCCUUCCGCGGCCUCACCGAGCUCAAGGCGCUCAUUUUACGCAGAAACCGCCUGACCAAGGUCAAGAAGGAAUGGUUCAAGGAUCUGGCUAAACUAGAGAGCCUGGACCUAAGCGGCAACGAGAUCCGCGAGUUCGACCCGGCGAUCUUCGAGCUGACGCCGCAGAUCCAGGAGUUCGAGAUCUCCGAGAACCAAGUGAGCCACUUCGACGUCGAGGCGAUGAAGGCCAAGUGGCCGAAGCUCAAGAAGGUCGGGCUCCAGUCGAACCCCUACGAGUGGGCCCAGGGCGUCAAGGUAAUCGAGUACUCGAACCAGCACCCGAGCGUCGUCAAGAACUCGUACGCGUCGAUCGACGGCAUGCGCGACACCUACAAGCUCGUCCUCGAGUGCCAAGCCACCAUGGCCAAGAAGGACGACGCCAAGGAGCUGGACAACUGCGUCAAGGCCAAACUUGCCAAGGCUAUCGAGUCCCCGAAAUUGCUGGAGGGCGAAGUAAAACCCGAACCCACCAAACCCCUGUAAUAUUGUAUAUCUUAUCAAAGGGAUAAACCAAACUUUAUCCACAACCCGAGAUUCUCUUUGACAUAAAAAACCACGUAUAUAUGUAUAUCUUCAUGUAGGCGAGCUGUUAUUACGCUGUUAUCAAUAAACUGUACGUUGAAAUUAUUUUUAAAA